AUGAGCCAAAUCCCAACCCCCAGGAUUGGCUCAUUUAUCGUCGACCACAAGGGGUUUUUGAAGUUAGCAAACCGGCCACUCUCAAUCGAAAUUCAACAGCUAGAGAACGAGCAUAUACCCACAGGCAUACAUCGUGACUAUACAUACUCAACUGUUGACUCUUACUUGGCGGAUGUGCUCACGUUCCAUGACAAUCGUUUUCAGUAUCAACCAAACGCAGUGAAUAACCUCGGGGACUGUGUAUUCCAGUUAUCCUCACUCUCCGCGAUGCGGGCAAUCUCCAAAUCAUUCUUCCAAAGGGAAUUUCGGCGAGGGCCAUUUGUUUUCUCGCUAACGGAUCUUCAUCCAAGCAAUAUCUUUGUUGAUGCGGGCUGGAAUGUAACUUGUCUGGUGGACUUGGAGUGGGCCUGCUCUUUGCCGAUCGAGAUGAUUAGACCUCCUCACUGGCUCACUAAUAUGGGUGUUGAUGAGCUGGUGCCAUCCGAGUAUGACAAACUACGGACAGAAUUUAUGGACGCCCUUAUCGCCGAGGAGCAACAAAUGGCAAAAAAGCACAACUCACCACUACUGUCGGACGUUAUGAGUAGAACAUGGGCGACAGGCACCUUUUGGUAUACGUUGGCUCUCUCCAGCCCCUCCGGCCUAUUCACAAUUUUCCAACAACACGUUCGGCCACUAUUUUGCACGGAAUAUCUUGAAGAGUUCAAUUUGAUUAUGCCGUUUCUUUGGGGAAGGAAUGUGGGACGCAUCGCAAGUCAAAAACUUUCUGAUAAGGAAGAGUACGACAGCCAGCUCCAACGGGAGUUUGGUCUCGAAUUUCAGACAUGA